AUGUCUUCUAUGAUUACCACCUCCGCUUGGGUGCGGCGCGGCGUCGCGGCCCAAUUUCCCACGAAGUAUGAAAUUGACGAGAAGGAGAUGGAUCGCAUUUCGAAGCUUGCGCGCAUGCAGCUCGAGGAAGCGCGAGAGGAUCUGAGUGCUGCGCAGGGCAAUGUCGAUUCUGCAGACAAAGAUGACGAUGCGAUGGAAGAAGACAUUGUGGUGGAGAAGGAUGAGAAGAAGGAUACGUCUGUAAAGAUUGACGACGACGAUCUGAAAGAAUACGAUCUCGACCACUAUGAUAGCGACGAAGUGGACGAGGACGGCGAGAAAGUUACCAUGUUCGGUAAUGUAAAGUCGCUCGCCUACCAUCAGCCCAACGAGGAGGACCCCUACCUGGUAGUUCCGGAGGACGAGGACGACGAAGAGCGUGAGGAGCUACAGAUUCUUCCGACGGACAACCUGCUGCUGGCGGGUAAGGUUGAGGACGAGGUAGCUCACCUCGAGGUCUAUGUCUACGAGGACAGUGCGGAUAACCUCUAUGUUCACCACGAUAUCAUGCUGCCCGCUAUCCCUCUGUGCUUGGAAUGGCUGGACUUCCCCGUCGGAAAAUCCGGCGAGAAUGGCAGCACGACAGGAAACUUCGUCGCCGUUGGAACAAUGGAGCCCGAUAUUGAGGUCUGGGAUUUGGAUGUCGUCGACUCGAUGUACCCGAAUGCCAUCCUCGGCCAGGGCGGCGUGGACACGGAGGCCGAUGCCAAAAAGGCGAAAAAGAAGAAGAAGGUUAAGGCGAACGACGAGUUCCACGUCGACUCUAUCCUCGCUCUCGCUGCGAACAGGCAACAUCGCAACCUUCUGGCGUCCGGUUCCGCCGAUCGUACCGUCAAGCUCUGGGAUCUAAACACAGCGAAGGCCGCCAAAUCAUACAGCCACCAUACGGACAAGGUGUGCUCCCUAGACUGGCACCCCACGGAAUCCACCGUCCUUCUCACGGGUAGUUAUGACCGAACCAUCGUUGCCGCCGACAUGCGCGCCCCUGACUCCAAAGCCCGCUGGGGCGUAGACGCCGACGUCGAGACCGUCCGCUGGGACAUCCACGAUCCAAACUUCUUCUACGCCACCACCGACGCCGGUAUGGUCUACCGCUACGACAUCCGCAACGUGCCCGCGACCCCUAAGGACUCCCGGCCCGUCUGGUCCCUGCAAGCCCACGAUUCGUCCGUCUCCUCCUUCGACAUCAACCCUGCCAUCCCCGGCUUCCUUGCAACAGGCUCGACAGACAAGCAGGUCAAGCUGUGGAACGUGGAGAACGACAAGCCGAGCAUGGUUGUCUCGCGCAAGCUCGAGGUCGGCAAGGUCUUCUCGACGACAUUUGCGCCGGACUCGGAGGUCGGCUUCCGUUUGGCUGUGGCCGGUAGCAAGGGCACUGUUCAGAUCUGGGAUACGUCUACCAAUGCUGCCGUGCGGAGGGCGUUUGUUUCUCGCAUGCCGGCGCUUGAGGGAGAGGUGCAGGAGCGGAUGGUUGGAAUGGCGCCUGAUCAGGAUGAGUCGGAUGAUGAUGGGGCACCGGAGACCGGUGCUGCUGGAGGAGCGGAUGGCUGGGAGUCCAUGGAUGAGGAUUAG